AUGGAUUACGGUUUAAAACUAGCCAGUGCACCAUCGUACAUACAUAUGAAGGACUCAUCAGCUACAGAAAACCUGAAGAGUGGAGUCAUUGACUUCAUCGCUGGGUUAUUGGGUGGUAUAGCAUCAGUUUUCGUCGGUCAGCCACUUGAUACAGUAAAAGUUAAAAUGCAGAUAUUUCCACAUUUGUAUAAAGGAAUGUAUGAUUGCUUGAAAACGACACUCAAAAAUGAAAAUGUGAGGGGCCUCUACGCUGGUACUGUGCCCGCUAUUAUUGCUAACAUGUCGGAAAACGCUAUUCUAUUUGCGGCUUAUGGAUACUGUCAGAAAUUUAUCUGUAUUAUAACUGGGACACAGAAGGUGGAAGAACUAUCAAUCCUGAGCAAUGCCUCAGCAGGAUUUCUAUCGGCAUUCUUCUCAUCAUUCGCACUUUGCCCGACUGAACUGAUCAAGUGCCAACUACAAGCCAUGAGAGAGACGAAUGCACAAAACCCACAAACUGCUGUCCACAUAACGGCGUGGCAACUGACGCGGCGUAUAAUCAGGCAGAAUGGUAUAAUGGGGAUGUUCAGAGGUCUGCUGCCAACUAUGGUGAGAGAGAUGCCUGGGUAUUUCUUUUUCUUCGGCGCUUACGAAGGCGUACGAAUGUUGCUAGCCAAACCCGGUCAAAAGAAGGACAAUAUAGGAUUCCUAAAGACGAUGGUCGCAGGCGCUGCCGGCGGAGCCAUGCUAUGGAUCAUGGUGUUCCCCAUUGACGUGAUCAAGUCCCGCAUACAGGUUUCCGACAAAAGUAACAAGUAUUACGAAAUCGUAUGUGAAAUCGUUAAGAAAGAAGGAUUCCUGGGCUUUUACAACGGUCUAAUACCAACACUUGCAAGGACUAUUCCCGCGACCGCGACGCUCUUCGUCGUGUACGAAUAUAGUAAAAAACUCAUGCACUAUUUGUGUGCGAUUUAA